CAAUUUCAACAGAACUCAGAUGAAUUUUUGAAUCAGAUGAUUUGUUAAUCUAGUAUCAAAUGUGAUGAAAUCAGUCUUUGUGAUAUUAUUGUGUAUGCAGAGUUACGUAACUUAUCAAGAAGGACCUAUGGUUGAUUCAUGUAGCACUAGGAACACCACCCAUGAUAUGUAUGUCAUUGAGAUUGCUGUGACUAAUAUGAAAUGCGUCUGAAUACACAGUGGAUUGUAUGACACAUGGUUGUGUCUUGCAUUUCUUUUGUUUUAGUUUUGUUGAGCAUUCAGCCUUGGAUACGGACUGGGGUACUUCCUCUCUGACCUCACUUCUCACGCUGUGCUCUGAGCACAAACAAAUCAACUUGUUCCUUCCCUCCAUCCUGCUAUUAAUGUGCCCUAAAGAGGCACUGGCAUUUUGUACCUGCUCUUUCUGCAUCUGGAAAAGAGUGCUUAGCAUUGCCUGAGCUAUGGUAUGCCACAGCUGGAUAUGUCUAUCUGUUAGCACAGAAAAUGCUAAAUAUUUCCUCACACCAUAAACAAUCAUCCAUCCUUCCUUAAUGUGGAAAGCAGUCUGAGCUAGCUUUGAGGGCCUCUAUUGGUAGUUAAGAUAAUAGAGUGUUUUUUUGCUUGAAUUUGUUUCAGUAGUAGUGUAAGUGUGUUAGAGUUACAGGCUCUCUGAAUUUGGGUUGUGUGUAGCAAGGACAAACAUUCUGAUCUAUGACCGCCAAAUAGAUCCAGUUAGGUUGGCAGCAGCACACACACACACACACAGACACAGGAUGAGCCACUCUAGCCGACCUCCUCACAGCACUACUGAAGUGUCCGUGACUAGGUGGAGCUAUUAAUGACCUUGCAUGCUAUGUGUCCUGGCAAUCCAUAAUGUACCCUGUCAAAGAACAUGAAUUCCAUUCAUUUUGAAUUGUCACAGAAAGUCAGUUAAGUGUGUCCAUUUUAAAUCUGUGAGCGGUAUUCGAAAUUAACACUCUCCCACCUGCCAAAUGUAGGUAAACUUGCCACUUUGAUGGAUAAACUAGCAGUGCUACUCAAGCACUCAUCCAAAAAAAAAAGAAAAGAACAUCUUAUAGAAUAUCUCCAAGAAUUUUUAUCUUUAUUUCAUCAAAGCUGAUGAUUUUGGCAGCCUUUUUUGUAGUCUUUCUCACCUUGCAGAACAUUAGCUAGGCCAUAUGUAGUGACAAAUGGUUUAAAUGACUAGGUCAAACAGUGACAUGCAACAGACCCUGCGAAAAGGUGAUGCUUGUUCUCUGUUUUAUGAAUUUGGCACACUUUAUUAACUUCAUUAACACUUUUUGAUUUUACCAGAAUUCAAAAUUGCACAUACACAUAUAUUUAAGAUGUAUAGCAUUCGGGUGGUCACGUUUUGGCUGGUGAAAAUUGCAGCUAGCCAUUUUAUUUUCAAGCCGUGGCAAUGGGCACGAGCUCAUCUAAUGCCAAUAGUGACUUAAACGCAGUGGCUUGCAUAAAUAUUCAAAAUUAAACUUUACCACAUAUUCUAGAGUUACAAACUAGAACUGAAAUGGACCUAAUUGGGAUUUUUACCAUAUGAUACACAAUAUGUCUAACAUUUGAAGGUACAAAAAAUAGUUGAUUGUGAUAAAAGAUUAAUUAAACAAAAAAAUCGGACAUUUGUUGGAUAAGUAUUUACCAUCCAGGUCAAUAUUUUUUUAGAAUAUAUAGCCCAAGUUGUUUUCUAUUGUCUCUGGGGUUUUUUGUUUGUCUCUGAACAUUAAUUUGCUCAGUCAAGGCAUGUCCUGUCCAGCCACAGUUUCACCGAGCUUUGCCAUUAGAGGAAGAAAAAGUCACUUCGCUUUUGAACUCAACUAAAAUCAGGCAAAUUGUAUCCUUCUCUGAUCCCUUGCCUUAAGAGAACAAGCAGGAGAACCAUAUAAUUACUUUUGAUGUUAAGCUCAUUUUCAGCUCAAAAGCCCUCCCAGAUGACUUUGCACGAAUGUCCAUAGCUGACGUCUGCAGUAGGGCAGAACAUACUCCCAGUGCGCCUGCUUUUGUUUUUCUGUCCUGUGAGGAGGACAGAUAGCUGGUGAGCUUUAAUUAAAGGAGGAACAUACAUGUAAUGAAAAUGCUAGGGAAGUAAUUGGUGUUUAGUACAAAAGCCUCAAGGAAUAAAAGAUCAUGCUGAAGUAUACAUCACCUUGGCAAGUGCUUUGUCGCAUAAUGGAUAAAAGUCUAAUGAAAUCCUGCCAGCUCAUAGAGGAUGACACUGAACUAAAGAGCAGAAGCACCUCAGAGAAGAGCCCGAAGAGUGUCAGUUUCUUAGACCCGGUCAGUGUUAUAAGUGGAGGUAAGCUCGACAUGGAGGUUGAAGUACAAAGCAAAAGCCAGCUUAAUCAUGCAACAAAUGGCCAGAAUGGUGUGAAGCAAAAAGGAGAAGUGCUGGACGAAGGAGAAGUUGCCCAGGAAAUACGCUAUCUUGACGAGGUGCUUGAGGCCAACUGUUGCGACACCGGGGCUGAGACGACUUCAAAUGGAACUUAUUCCCCUGUGCUCCAAGCAAUAUAUGUUGAUGGGCAUGGGCCAUCUGUUAAGGUUUCUGAUGCAUCAUCCUCAAUAAGUCAUGAGGUGGUUGUAGGAGGAAAACAACAGACCACCUAUGUUGAAGACACAGACAAUCUGAACAGUUCCAAACCAAAUGGUCAUCCAGGAAUAAUGGGUGAUGACUACAAUAGGUCACCUGAUAAAAAAACAAUCAAAAAAGAGGCCCGAUUUGAGCUCCGUCCUUUCUAUGAAGAGAAAAAGCCAUCCAAGCUUUUUGAUACACCAACAGAGAAAGAAAUAAGGGUGAAAAAGGUCAGACCUUCAGAGGAGAUUGCAGAGCUGGAGAGAGAGCGCUUGGAGCUCAUUCGCGAACAAGCAGUCAAGAAAAAUCCAGGAAUUGCAGCAAAGUGGUGGAACCCACCACAGGAAAAGACACUGGAGGAGGAGCUAGAACCAGAAAAAUUAGAGUCACUAAGAAGAUAUGAAGAGAGGAAGCAGAAGAGACCUGAAGCAAACCGAGUACCACAAACGUCCCCUAAACAAACUGUCUCCUUUGUCCAGCCUGAAAUGGGAAAUAAGGAGGACAUUGUGGUUCAGGGCAUUGAUUUUUCUGCAGCCCGCCAACAGUUCCUUCAGAUGGAGCACAGUAAGCACCAACAACAGCAGCAAGCCACAAAAAGAAGUGUGUCUCCCCAGAUAUACUCAGCCAAACCAUUCUCCAGGACCUCUGAUACUGAUAGGUCAAGCAGCUCCAUUACAGUCACCAGCCAUGGUAGAGUCACACUGGAGGAUGGCGACGAAAUGAACAAUGUCAAAAUUGAAAGGGUGUUUUGUAGUUCUGGAGAUUCUCCCAUACAAAGCAGGGACAGUAUGUCUGACACUGAAGUGAAAAAUGAUGACUUUACCUGUGCCCGAGCAGUGAUGACCAUCCUCAAGGAUGAAGACUCUGAAUUGCACCAGCGAUCCAUUAACAUUUCCUCUCAUCCCGAGGAGAUAGACUCUGGAUUGGAUGACCUAUCUCUUAGAUCUCAGGAUACCACUAUGCUUGAGAGCUUUUCCAAUGAUUUCAGCAUGGAUAACAUAAGUGACAGUGGUGCCUCCAACGAGAUCAUGAGCGCCUUCUUGGAAAGUUCCCUUGGUGAGUACUCUUUCCCCUCUACUCCAAUGGCCACAACACCUAUUAAUGGAAAGCUGGAGGGCAGCACAAAAUCACCAAGCUUGACAGAGGAGGAACUUGAAUACCAUGCAGGUAUCUUGGUCCAAAAUGCCAUCCAGCAAGCUAUUGCACAUCAGACAAACAAAUUGGAACCACUCCAAGCCGUGCAGCAGUCCUCCCCAAUCCCAGAGCGACAAGAAGAGACUUCAGAACCUUCACCAGCAACACCUGAAGAGAAAUCUCCUUACAUGCCACCUGAUACAGAGCCAUCCCCUGUGAAAGAGAAGACCAUAGCUCCUACAAUUACUGUACAGGUGCCUACAGCUCAAGCAACUUCAGUUAUAACAGUGAAUGCUUACAGGCCCCCAAGUCCUUCUCCGCCACCAAGUGAGAAGCCAGAGUUCAGCUAUUUCAGUAAGUACUCAGAGGCAGCAGAGCUCCGAAGCACAGCAACUGUGACUCCUGCGCAAGGCUCAGAAGUCACCGCAGGGCCUUUCAAACUGCGCUCACACAAGCAGAGGACUCUAUCCAUGAUCGAAGAAGAGAUCCGGGCUACCCAAGAACGGGAGGAGGAGCUUCGCAGGGAACGACAAGCCUUGCGUCCCAUCAUCAAUCCCAUUCACAAGCAAAAGACCAACAGCCUUCCAGCCAAACUAGUCCUUAGUGGGAAGACAGCUCCAGGUAAAAUUGAAAAGAUCCGUGUUGCCCCGCCAGUAUCUCCAGCUUCUUCAGAUGGUGCACUCCCAUCCCCUCUUUCUGAUCUGGGGAGUGAUGACUCAGGCGGAAGCCAGCGGCCUAAAAACUUCAUGCAGACCCUAAUGGAAGAUUAUGAGACACACAAAGUCAGGCGUCGGGAGAAGGCUGAGGACAACAGUUAUGUGCGUCUAUUGCUCGCUAAAGAUGUUACAUCUGAGGUUCUAGAGGCGACGCGAGUCACCCGCAGGAAAAGUAACAUGGCUCUACGAUGGGAGGCAGGAAUCUAUGCCAACCAGGAAGAAGCUGAGGAGGAAGAGGAGGAAGAGGAGGAAGAGUAAAGCCAGCUCCCUGUGUAACCAACAGGAAGAGUGAGAGAAGACCAAAAGUAUGUUGGAGAAAACCAGAAGUAUUUAUGCUGAGUAUAUGUAUAUUGCAGGAACAAAUAAUCAUUGGAUCUCCAAAUGAUCACCACAGAAAGAUCAUCCAGUCACGUAGUGGGAUCUGUGGAAAAGUUCUCACUAAAAACUCAAUGCGAUGACAAUUUGGUAUCCAAAUAUAUUAUUGUGCUUUCUGUCUCUUUUUAGUUUCAAGCUUUUUUCAGUUGAUGUGUGCAGUACUUUGGGACAUGUGCAAAGAAAAGGCUUAUUUUCAUUUUUGGAUUGCUUUCCAUUUUUUAUGGUUGAGUAUAUAAAUUGGCUUUGAAUUGAGCAUGUGUGGGUUUUCAAGUGGUUUAAGAAAGAUUAUGUAUGAAGAUUUGUCAGAGGGUGAAGUAUUUCUAUACAUUGAAAAGGACAUUUUGUAUUCAAAUUGUAGCACUUGAUUUAGAUGAAAUAAAAAUGGUGUUUGUUGUGGGAAAUUGUACUGAGGAUUGUUCCCAUGUUAAGCAAGUAUUUCAGGUAGAGUGUGUUAUCCAGUCCUUGUUAGGCAUCUGAGGGUUUGAUUUAGGAAUAGACACAAAUGCAGUUCAUGUUAUUUAUAUUACAGAAUAGUAGCACAACAUACAUAUUCUGUAGCACAAUAGGUCCAACUAGAUGUGCAAAUAAUUAGGUCCUAUACAUAAUUAACAAUAUUGGAUUUAAAAAUCCACUGAAAAUGAAACACUGCAAUGGGAAUCUUUUAGAGAAAGAAAAUGAAAGUAGGGCACAGAAUGAUUUGGCUUAAAGACAUGUAUAAGAACUUGUAGUGGAACAACAGUAGUAUUGUCCAGGUUUGUAAAUGCACAAUAGUAUUCAGUCAGGCAACUAUUACAUUAACAUUGAAAAAUAAUAAAUAUGGUGAUUCAUUUCUAAAGCUGCUUUUUACCAGCCAGCCCAGAGAGGAACCAGAUAAAGGAAUAAGAGCCAGGCCACCACCACAUCAUGGUAAACUGCAACCUAAACCACAAAGUGCAUGUGAACUGCAUAUACUGUUUCAGUUCUCAUGUGUUUUCCCUUUUAAGUAAUUACCAAUCUUAUACUAUGUAUGUUAUCAUGUGUGAUAGAAUGUAUGUAAGAUAUAUUGAAUGAAGUGAGUACAGACAGGGUUGCCAGAUUGAGAUGAACAUAGCCAACACUGGCAGUUUAAAACACAGCACAACCAUCUGCUGUAUAGUUUUCUACAAUAGGCCAAUAAUGAAAGAAAUCCCCCAAUCUGGCAACACUGAGUGAGUACAGUGUGCUGUGCACCAUAUACAAGAGUGAUGUAGGAUUUUAGCUUGUGUAAUUGAACAGGACAUGCCAGGCCAUGAUAUGGAAAUAGCAAUACAGUUAUUUAGAAGCACUAUCAAUGAAAAAAGAAUUCCUUAUACCAAAACUCUUUAAUCAAUCCCUCUCUCUCUCUCUGGUGUUUUAUAGCAAGUAAACACUAUUAGUGAGCUGUAUGAACUGUUUCUCUUUUAUACCGUGUAUUUGCCUUGUUUUAGCAGAUUUGAUUAGAAUGUGUAAAUGCAAUGCAGUGAAAUAAUGUUAUAUGAAUGCUUUGUAGAUAAUUAUAUACCUAUGAAAGUGGGGAAGUAUGUUUCUUAACUGAAAAACACCAGCAAUUUGAAGCAUAUUAGAAAAGCAAAGUUAGAUUUGACAUCCAACAAGUCUGAUGGUGGACACGGACACACCAUCAAUAAGGAAGAAUUCAUUGUGGAGAACAAGACAGCAACAUCCUUCAGCAAAUGUUCAUGAGAUGCUUUUCUUGACAUUAGUUUUGGGGUCUUGUUCCAUCCACAAGGAACAAAGCUAUGGAUUUUACUCCUGAAAGGACAACUAUGACAAGAAGACUCAUUCAGCAGACUUUCACAAAAGCUUUUUCCAUUUUUUACAUACUUAUAUUACAUGAAAAUGCAGUAUUUAAUACACACAUCCUGAUAUAAGAAAUAUGUGUUUUUAGAUGUUAGGCAUAACUGUGAGUGCAAAACCACCAUUUUGUUUAAGACUGCACCCUGUGAUGUGAAGAGGCAAGACAAGACAAGAAUCUGUACUGAAGCGACGAUUCAAUAGUAAUGAGUUUCAAAAGUGUUUCAUUUGAUGAAAGUCUGACAAAGAUGUUUUUGCAGGAACUGAUCUCAUAGAGUCUUCAGUCUUAUCCAUGGUUUAGUGCAGGCUUUCAUUUCAACCAAGCAGGAGCCACACCUGAUUUCACUUGUUUAAUCAGUUCACCUUAGUCACUCAUCACCUGUCCAGUGUGCCUCCAAUCUGGCUGUAAUCAAAGCCCGCAGCCACACAGAUAACAUCGAAGAUUGUUCCAGUAUGGUUAUAAUAUACAAUAGUGGAUUUUUGGACUGUGUGCUAUAGUAUUCUAGCUGGAUCUGACAGUAAGCAAUGAAUCAAGAACAUCAUACCUAUUGAAAUACAUUUUUCUUAUUCAGAUAUUUCAAUGGGCUAUAUGAUUAGUAGGCAGAUGUUUUGAAUAAUAUAAGAGGGAAAUAUUUUUCUUUGUGCAGUGAACUAUUUACAGUGUAUCUAUGAAUGGGACAUAGUUUUAUGGAGGCUGAAGUUUUAUUACCAUGUAUGUGCAUUUCUGCAAGGUAUAGCCUUUUGUGUGUGUUUGCGUGAGUGUGUGCAUGUGUGCUUGUGGGCAUGGGUGUGUGUGUCUGACUAAGCAAUUUUUAGAUUUCCAGAAAUAUAUGCAAAAGUCACCAGGACAUCAUGACCAUCCUCAGUAGCAACUUGUGUGCUAAUUAAUUGCCAUACAUACACGUGAGCAGUUUUGAGUAGGUAAAUAAAAUUCAUAAAUAAGUGUUUUUCAAGCCUUCAGGUAAUUUGGAUUGGGUUGAAGCUUGGAUUUUCCAAAUAACUGUGUUCUUACAAAGUCUGGAAACAAAGCAGCUUUUGCUUUAUUAUGACCUGAGGCUAAGUUAUGUAAAAAGUGUAGUGUAAUAGAAAAGAGGGCAUCAGAGGAAACCUUAAAUGGACAGAUAAGCUCUAUAAUACAUAAAAUUAUUAGCAACGAGUUUGGAGUGUAUUUGACUUUUUUCAGUGCAUGAUAUUUAUAUUGGGGGGGGCGGGGUCUUCUAAUCAGCCAGUGGAUCUGAAACAGUCAGAAUUGCAGGAAAUUUGUCUACUCUGAAAUUGUUAGAUGCCCCCCUCAGUCCACAGGUACAGAUAGUUCAGACAGUACCGCUAGAUUUAAAAUGACACACAAUGAAUUUUUUGAAAUGUUCAUACAAUGUUGCUUUGUUUGCAAACUGUUGCUCUGUUUGCCACUUAUUUUUGCAAGUAGCUUCUUUUUUUUUCAACUUGUGAAGUGGCAAAGCUCUCAUGUUUUUUAAAACCUCUGUUAAUUUGUUAACCACUUAUUGUAUGUUAAUAUAUUCUGCUUAUGUUGUUUUAUAGUAAUUGUAAGGCUUACACUUAAACGCAUAUAUAAUUAUUUUCUCAUUAAAAACAAAAUGCAUAAA